AUGGAUCUCAUACACAAAGACUCCCCACAAUCCCCUCUUUACCCUGGUAAUCUUCCUCCUGGUGAGCAGAUUCUACAGCCAGCUGCUUGCCCUUUUGCUGGGUUGCACCACCAAACCAGCAUGAUGUCAACAAAUAAAGCUGUCAUGAACAGGAUGAUGAGUCCUCUCACUUCCUAUGGUGACCCCUUUUUGUUCUUGGCACAAGUUGGUGUUGGCUCCUUCCAAGAAAAAUCUCAUCGUACACAUUUCAAAACCUACUACUUUCAAAUAGACACUGGUAAUGAGCUCUCUUGGAUUCAAUGUGAAGGUUGCCAAAAUAAAGGCAACGUGUGCUUCCCUCAUAAGGAUCCUCCAUACCCCAGUUCUCAAUCCAAAUCUUACUAUCCUGUAUCUUGCAAUCAACACUCCUUCUGCGAGCCAAACCAAUGCAAAGAAGGCUUAUGUGCCUAUAAUGUAACCUAUGGUCCAGGUUCCUACACAAGCGGGAAUCUUGCUAAUGAAACUUUCACUUUCUAUUCUAACCAUGGCAAACACACAGCUCUCAAGAGCAUUAGUUUUGGAUGCAGCACCGAUAGUAGAAACAUGAUAUAUGCUUUCUUGCUUGACAAAAAUCCGGUGAGUGGGGUUUUGGGUAUGGGAUGGGGUCCUCGAUCUUUUCUAGCACAAUUAGGCUCAAUCAGUCAUGGAAAGUUCUCAUAUUGCAUCACAGCAAACAACACACACAAUACCUAUUUAAGGUUUGGCAAACAUGUUGUGAAAUCAAAAAAUUUACAAACUACAAAAAUAAUGCAAGUCAAGCCCUCUGCAGCUUAUCAUGUGAAUUUGCUAGGCAUAAGUGUUAAUGGGGUGAAGCUCAACAUCACCAAAACCGAUCUUGCUGUGAGAAAAGAUGGUAGCAGAGGAUGCAUCAUAGAUGCUGGUACCCUGGCCACAUUACUUGUCAAACCUAUUUUUGAUACACUACACACAGCUUUGGCAAAUCAUUUGUCGAGCAAUCAAAACCUGAAGAGAUGGGUCAUUCACAAGUUGCACAAGGAUCUUUGCUAUGAACAAUUAUCGGAUGCCGGCCGCAAGAACCUUCCGGUUGUUACAUUCCAUUUGGAGAAUGCUGACCUUGAAGUUAAACCUGAAGCCAUCUUCUUGUUCCGUGAGUUCGAGGGAAAAAAUGUUUUCUGCUUGUCAAUGCUUUCUGAUGAUUCUAAGACCAUAAUUGGUGCUUAUCAGCAAAUGAAGCAAAAGUUUGUGUACGAUACUAAAGCUCGAGUGCUGAGUUUUGGUCCAGAGGAUUGUGAGAAAAAUGGCUGA